GGACAAUUUAUAGCGAACAAAAUAACAGUCCUCGCAUAUAAUAAAUAAACACGAAACGUCCAUCUGCGUGUGUUUAUAAUCCGAGUGGCCACUAGGGCGCAUGCGCGGCAAACUGGGAGGCGGUUGUAGGUAGUGACGAGUGGGGGUUUGUGGGUGAAGGCAGAGAGAGAGAGAGAUAAUCACUCUCAUCCCGGCUCUCCUCCACAGAUCUCCUCUUCUUAUCACUGCUCGCAGUGCUCCUCAGAGCCGAUCCAUCGCAACUCGUAGCCACGACGGUUACCUAAUCCACUGCUCACUCGUCUGACCGUCCUGCUUGCUCCUCGUCAUCAUCAAAGCUCACUCGUCCGGAGUCAUCUCCCAUCCCAGGGCUCUGGGCGCCUCUCUCACCGCCGUCUCUCGUCACACCGCAACCUCGGCACCAUCUCUCGCUUCCAUCCUAUCACAUCACCCUCUCCAUCAUCAUCAUCAUCUCUCAUCGCAGCUUGCUCACACCCCACGCUGCUCAUCAUCAGCAUCGUCACCCAAGGGCACACUCGCACGCACGCACGCAGAACCAGCGACACGCCGGCAGGGCUAAUCUGUGCGCUCGGCAGUGGCUGUGUGAGAGAGAGAGAGAGUCGGGGAAGAGCCAGACGAGAAAUAGACCCAGGAGAGAUAGCGAGCGAGAGAGAGAGGGAGAGGGAGCGGGGACGAGAGGGAGACUGGCGGUAUAUGGGCGUCGCCCGCAUUCAGCACCGCGGACAGCACUCGCCAUGGCUGACUCGGUCACCAUAAGCCGCACGUCUGCUGACGUGUCUCCCAUCGUGGUGGGAAUCCUUGGCGCGACGGCGCUGGUGGUGGCGGCGGCCGUCACCGCGCUGUCGUGGACCUGCUGCCGGCGUCGUGGCGGGGACGGCUCCAAGCCGGCGGCGAGUCCGCCCUACCGCCUCGUCCACAUGCUCAAGGGCGUCACCGACAUCUACGGCGCCGGCGAGAAGCGCCACCCGUCGCGCAGCAAGCACGGCUCCGAGCAGCAGCAGCAGCAGCAGCCGGGCAGCGACCGGCACGGCAAAGGCGGCGCCGCCGCCGCCCCGCCACGCUCAACAACAACAACAACAACGUGGUGGUGGUGCGCUUCGGCAGCGAUGAGGCCGGCGCCCGCGACGGCGCUGUGCAGUCCCGACCGGGCCGGCGGCGGUGCCGGCGGCGGCGGCGGCGGCGGCCUCGGUUUCGGCUCCGGUCCGGUACGCACGCCGCCCAUCAUCGAGCCGUUCCGCCACGUCAGGAACGCCGCCGGCGCCUUCCCCGACAAGUCCAGCCCGUCGUCGGCGGCGGCGGCGGGGGCGGCGGCGGCGUCGUCCUCCUCCUCGUCGUCCCUGUCUUCGUCAGCGGCGACGAAGGCCGGCUCCCCGCACACCCCGCCGUACCUCUCGUCGCUCUCCUCCUCCUCGUCCUCCUCGUCGUCCUCCUCGUCGGCGGCCGCGGGCGGCUCGGCGCCACCGGAGGACCUGCCGCUGGGCGCGCUCUGCUUCUCGGUGGAGUACAACUUCGCCAGGAAGGCGCUCGUGGUGACGAUCCAAGGCGCGCGCGGCCUGCCCGCCAUGGACGGCCAAACGGGCAGCUCCGACCCCUACGUCAAGAUGACCAUCCUGCCCGAGAAGAAGCACAAGGUGAAGACGCGGGUGCUUCGCCGCACGCUCGACCCCUCCUUCGACGAGACGUUCACCUUCUACGGCGUGCCGCACGCGCAGCUCCAGGGUCUCGUGCUGCACUUCCUCGUGCUCAGCUUCGACCGCUUCUCCCGCGACGACGCCAUCGGCGAGGUGAUGGCGCCGCUCGCCGGCGUCGAGCUAGGGGGCGACAAGGUGACGCUGACGCGCGACAUCGUCAAGAGGAACAUACAGUCUGUGGGCCGGGGGGAGCUGCUGCUGUCCCUCUGCUACCAACCAUCCACCAGCCGCCUCAACGUCGUGGUGCUCAAGGCCAGACACCUUCCCAAGACGGACAUCGCCGCUCUCUCCGACCCCUACGUGAAGGUGAACGUGCACGUGGGGACCAAGCGCGUCGCCAAGAAGCGCACGCACGUCAAGCGCUGCACCCUCAACCCCGUCUACAACGAGUCGUUUGCCUUCGACGCGCCGGCCGAGUGGCUCCCCGAGCUCUCGGUCGAGUGCCUCGUCGUCAACUCCGACCGGGUCACCAAGAGCGAGGUCAUCGGCCGGCUCUUGCUGGGCCACGGCGCCGCGGCCGCCGCCGGCGUCUCGGCAGCCGCCGAGCACUGGCGUGAGAUCUUCGAGAACCCGCGGCGCCAGGUGGCCAAGUGGCACUGCCUCGGUGAGUUUUAAGGCACCGGGCGAACGCGCUCGGACCGAUCCGUCGGAGGAGGAGGAGGAGGAGGGCGGCGGCGGCGGCGGGGGGGGGAUGCGCUUUAAGUUGGUGCCAGUUUGUUAAAAUGUUUAGUUUUAGUUGCGUUCUGACCCCCCCCACCUCCUCCUCCUCCUCCUCCUCCUCCUCCUCCUCCUCUCGUCCGUCCCGUCGCGUUCCGUUCCUCGCCGGGGCCCGGGCAGCCGCGGCGUUGAUUUGGCGUCGUGCAACUUGUUCGGGUUCCGCCCCGCGGGCGCGUCGAGAGGGAGGGAGUCGCUCUCUGUUUGAGCUUCCCUUUUUACUUUCUUCUGUUUGUUGAUUUAUCGAAUAAUUUUUUUGGUUGAUUUCCCGACCGGGGGUGGGGGGCAUCGAGGGGGGGGGGGUCGUCGGCACCCCCCCCGCCCCCCCCCCCCGAAGGGUCAGUAAAACUCUGCGGCUGGAUUCUCGGCACUGUUUUUGCGUUUGCCUCUUGCAGACAUUGCGUCCGCCGAUUUCCUCGAUUUCUGAUCAUUGUUGAAAUGGCCCGCUAUUGUUAUUAUUAUUAUCGCACUUUAUAUUCACCGAUAUUCAUAUCUUCGUUCACUUUCAUCCGUAAAUUCUGAAACCGUCAUGGACGCGAAGAAAUUCGAACCAACUUUGUUUCCAGUGCGCAAUAUAACUGCCGCUUCCAGUAGCUAUUGAUACUAGAUCACUUGCAAAAUUUGAAAGAAAAAAAAGUUUAAAAAAAACCACGCGAUUGAAAAUGCCACCACCUAGCACCUGCGUUAAGUAUUUUGGCCGUGCCUGAGAAUCCAGCCGAGGUGAGUUUGCUGGCCUCUGCUGUCCGAAGCCUUCCGCCUGUUGGGACCCUUAAAAACCCACAGCAGCAGCAGCAGUAGCGGCAGCAGCAGCAACGGUGGCAACAGCAGCGGCAGCAACAUCUGCAGGCAACCGCAGCACUCGCCUCUCCUGCAGGAAGUUGCUGCAGUUGCAGCGGCCUCUCUCAAAACCUUACGUGGAUAAGAGCUACGCUGCCAUUGUACUCGGCAACAGAAUACGUGAAACGAAAGUCACCUUUCGAGUAAGAAUUCAAAACGAAGGGUAAUCGCACCCUCUAAUUUCUCGCAUCCGCACCUACGAUUAGCGCGGCUGGCAACGUCACGGGUGAAGACCUCGCGACGCCUCGAACGCCGCCGACCGAUUUUGCCCACGUGCGGAGGGCGGCUCCUCGCUAGCCCGGCCGCGUGGCGUCCCGCAAAUUCAAUCAACAGACGAGCGAGGACUGCCGGCUGCGUAGCGACGUUCGGCGUCGGAGGAGGAGGAGGCGCCGCCAUCGACGAUGGGAACGACUUUGGCGGCGAGCACGGCCGUUGUGGUCUCAGAGCUCCGUCCCCUCGUUCGUCCAGGGACGGUGGAAUUGAACCAGGAGGGAGAGGGGUUGGUGGGUGGGUUAAAGGAAGGGAUUCGCAUUUUCGCCGGCGCUUUUGCUUGAACGUCUCGGCGGCAUCGAUGCGCGCGGUGCGGCGCGUCUCAUCUCGAGCAUUCCAUUGCCCUAGCGCAGCCGGAGCCUCUAGGGUAGCGGGCGCGGGGGUUGGGUGAGUGGGGGGGGGAUCCCGAUGUUAGCGCAAGGUCCACACGGCACCUGCCUGCGUAUUGAUGUGCGUGUGUGUGCGUGUGUCUGCCAGCAAGGGAGGGGAUGGUGUGAUGUUUGCGAUGUGUUUUUGUUGUUCUCGCUCUCUCUAGUAGGGAAGUGCGUCAUGCCCGCGCGGUCGUGUUUUCGUAGAGAGAGUUCAGAAGCGAUGGGAAGGGAAGCUUAAGAGGAAAGAUUUUGACGAACCAAAAAAAACAUAUUUAAAACCCACCCCCCCCCCCCAAAAUACGCCAGGACCAUCACUCACGGGGAUGCAUUGCGUUUGAUUUAAUCACCGAUCGUCUAUGCAAAUUCAGCUGGGUUUGGGGCCCCACGCGAGAUUAUUUAUUUUCCCCCUCGUUUUUUUUUUUUUACCCAUUCGCGAUCAAUCGCAGUUCAAAGUAAAGGAGUCCGUCGAUCGGCGUUGGGGACGCCGCGAAAAUCGGAGGCGUGGUGGUGGGGGUGGGGGUUAGGUGGUCAGGGGUCAGGGGGGGUCGCAUUACCGUAGCGCGCCAAACCGUUCCUGCCCGCCGCGCCGCUAGGCCGGUUCCGGGCCCCGUGUCUCGCACGUUCAUUAGCGCCACAUUGCGCAGAGGAGAGAGCGGAAAAAAAUGCAUCUUACCAUUUAACGAGUGAAACGAAAAAAA